AUAUUUCCGUGUUGUGUAGUUAGUUUGUCGUGUUUGUUCUUGUUCAUUCACUCCAAAAAGUUGCUUUUCCUAUUUAUCUCUCGCCGCUCUCAACUCUAUUUUCCAUAGAAUAACUUCAUUUAAUUAUAAAUGCACAUCGUCUCUCAAGUUUUUUUUUAUUCCUCGGACAUUCCAAAGUUAUGGCUGACAUGGGCAUGAGCUUGGAUGACAUAAUUAAAAAGACGAAACCAUCAGGAAUGAAAGGCAAAAGAGGCGCCCGUCAAGGAUCGGCACCAGGCAGAGGUGGAGUUCAAGGCCGAGGAAUCAUACAAAAUAGAGGUAUUGUACAAAAUAGAGGUGCUCGUACCAAUGGAUCAGUCAGAGGACGUGGACAUGGAGUUGGAAAUGGAGGGAUAGCGGACGCUCGAUUAAAAAUAAUUCAGAAAAACAGACUGAAACUUACAGAUGCUCGCGACAAAUUAGCCGAAAUUGCCAAGCAAAGCGAUGCUCGAUUAAAACUUGAUAAACUACGAGCGACGCAUUUAAAGAAAAAUGACCCAUUUUUGGGAAUUUCUCGCAAGACUGGACGCAAUGGAAGAAUCUCGCUCUCGACAAAUAAAAUACCACAGUUCAAUCCAAUUGUGCAUCCUGUGCCAGCUGCUUACAGGCCACCGCCCUCAAGAACGGUGGGAUUCAGGCCUCCUUUGGAACCUCAUUAUGUCGAGAACAUCUCUAUGGAUUAUAACGAUGAUUAUUUAAUAGACACCCCACCGUUAAGAAGAACUGUUAGUAACGAGUACGCACCAUCACUUCCACCACCGCCUCCCGUUUUCAAUUUGAAACCUGCCUCGCCAUACACGUGGGUAAAACCGUCUAGUUCUUUAGGAAGAAAUGCAGCAAUUCGAAAACCGGAGUCGGAGAGGCCCAGAAAUUUCAAAGUGAUCGCCCGCACUUCCAUGCCCAAACGCGAUAGUGCAUCCUACAGGGAAGACUGGAAUUUUGGAUCGAAGUCGAGAACGAUUUUGGCAGAUAGUGCGGCUGAAGCUAAAUAUUACGAGUCUAGAAGUCACAGAGGAGAAACUGGAGUGAAGUCUCGUCUCGAUACGGCUCCUCUCAGCAAACCGCGAAAUAUGACCAUGGUCACCCAUCAGAAAUCAAAUUCCGCUUCACACACCACGGGCUACCGAAUCGUUGUCUCGAAUUUGCAGGCAAAUGUUACUCAAGAAGAUAUUAAGGAGUUGUUCGAGGAUGUUGGAGAACUACUUAUUUCUAGAUUAGUACGUCCGGGAACAGCAGAAGUUAUUUACAAGACUUUGAAAGACGCGACCAAGGCAGUAGAGACCUAUCACAAUAGACAACUCGACGGUCAUCCUAUGAAAUGCUUAUUGGUCAAUCCGAGACCAAAAAACAAUCCUACAGCGCCUGCUGUUAGACCCUUGACAGAAUCUAGAAGAGGCACUGGUUCAAGUUACGUUCAACCUAGUCUAGGAGCUGUGCAUCGAGCAUUGUUCGAUGAAUAAUCAGAAAAUUUGUGUAUCAAUCAAUGAAUUUUUCUAAAACUAUUG